ACUAUUUUGGUCUGAAUGCUCGUUCAUUAAAAGUCAUGGUGUAAAAACUGUGAUUUUAUACGAAAAAAUAAUGUGUGCAAAUAAUAAGAGGAUUCUAAUGUGACGUAACAUUCAUACUGGAUAUUUACAACGCUAUAUUGAGAUAAAAAUGACUUAAAAAUGUCUGGCGGCAAGAACAAACGCUCGAAGCGUCAUGAGGGCUGGGAGGAAGCAGGGGGUGAGUUCUACCAAGAACUCUACCCCGGGGGUGAACAGGAACUAUUUGAGAACUUACAGAGGGCUGAUGCAGCUAAAUUGGCAACUCUACUGCCUUCGAAGCAGGCCAGGAAUACAACCACGUCAAAGCGCGCGCGGUCGCAGAACGAGCGCAGACAAUCGACCUUCGCGCGCACAACGCAGAGUCGUGACAUACACCUCUCCAUGUUGCCGGAUUUAUCGGAAAAUCUGUCAAAUGAGGAACGGACUUGGGAGGAGAUCAUGCAGAUUAAAGCCAUGCCGGUGCCCAUGAACCAGAAACUCGAAAUAAAAUCAAGACUACAGAAUGCGACAAAACUUCGUCUCCAGGGUUUGGAACAAUUGCAAUGGAGGCAGCGUAAAGUCUUGCAUCGGUUUCGGAUACGUUUCGCGGAAAUCGUCGGCAAACUGGAAUUAUGGCAAUCAGCCUUGCGGGAAAUCGAGGGGAAGUUCGGAACGGGCGUCGUGUCGUAUUUCCUGUUCCUGAGGUGGUUGUUAUUUCUAAACUUAGUGAUAUCGAUAUUCGUCGUAACGUUCCUUAUUCUGCCAAAUGUGUUUCUCGUCGAAGUCGAACACGACUGCGACGAGUUCGUCGAGAAUUCGACAAUAUGCUGUUCACAGGCUUACUUGCAGCGGAACUUAACGGACAACAACGUAAUAUUAGACUUAAUUCAGGGUACGGGCUGGAUGGAACGCACGAUUCUAUUCUACGGCGUAUAUAGUGACCAAGUUUACUCUUACUUUGUUAAAAAUCUAUGGGACGCCGAAAUGUUCUAUAACAUGCCCUUAGCGUAUAUUUUAAUACCCAUAUCCUGGACGCUUUUCUCCCUGAUAGCCAUCGUCAAAACGGCAGCUAAGGGGUUCAAGGAGAGAUUAGUGGAAAACGAAGGGCAGUUCUACAUGUACUGCAAUCUUGUGUUUGGGGGCUGGGAUUUUUGUAUCCAUAACGACAAAUCCGCUAAAAUUAAACACAAAGCGUUGUACAACGAAGUCAAAGGAUGCUUGGAAGAAGAGAAGUACAAAGAAGAGAAGCAGUCGCGAACGAGAGAGAGCCAAAUACUCAUGCAUUUAAAGAGGAUACUCAUUAACUUAUUAGUUUUCGUAAUACUCGUCGGUUCUGGGAUUCUUAUAUACGUAGUUUUCAACCAAGCGAUGGACAAGUUGAAUGAGGAACAGUUCCCUUCAAUGGAAAUCGAAUUCGAAAAUAUUACGGAAAAAUCGACCUUAAGUCCAUAUCGGGACAAUUCAUAUUCGAUCUGGCGGUUUCGUAACACGUUGCUCGAAUUUCUUCCAUUUAUAGCUAUAGGGGUAUUGAAUAUAUUCAUACCGGAAAUAUUCGGUUAUUUGAUAAAAUUCGAAACGUAUACGCCGGCUAAUGCGAUUAUAAUUACGCUGCUAAGGACCGUUUUGUUACGGUUAUCGUCGCUGGCUGUUCUGCUCAGUCAAAUAUACAUACAGAUCUCUGAUCCUGAUAGAGUUAGAUGUGCGGUUUUCGACGAGGAGUUCAGACAGGAGUGCUGGGAAACAUACGUCGGGCAGCAGUUGUAUAAGCUGCUCUUGACGGAUUUCGCUUUACAGUUCGUGAUGACGUUCUUUAUCAAUCUCCCGAGGUCCUUCAUAGCCAGACACAGCAACAGCAGGUGCUUAAAGAUAAUCGGCACGCAGGAUUUUUAUCUUCCAAAACACGUUUUAGACAUAGUUUAUAUCCAGACCAUAGUUUGGAUGGGCGCAUUUUUCUGUCCGUUUCUACCAAUCAUCGGUACAAUUUUCUGUUUUCUCAUAUUUUACAUAAAAAAAUUCGCCUGCUUAACGAAUUGUACGCCGUCUCCGAUCGUGUACAAGGCGUCUAAGUCGAAGUCAUUGUUUAUGUCGGUUUUGCUUCUCGGUUUUGUGAUAUCAAUCUUGCCGGUUGCGUAUUCGGUAGCUGAAAUAUCGCCAUCUUGGAACUGCGGUCCGUUCAGAGGUUACGAGACCGUUUGGUCUUUUGUUGUGGAAACCUUCGAGGCGUUUCCAUAUUUGAUUAGGGAAUUCGUUUUCCUGAUUGGUACAUCGACAUUCGCUGUCCCAGCAUUCGCUAUACUAUUAUUCUUUUUGUAUUAUUACUGGGCUGUGGCUGCAGCUAAUAGGCAUAUGGUUGAGGUUCUUAAGAACCAGCUGGUUUUAGAAGGUCACGAUAAACAGUUCUUGCUGAACAGGCUAAGCGCCUUCAUAAGACAGCACCAGAAAAGAUGUGAGAGGCGAAAUAGAGCUAGUUUUGCGGAUGAUGACUCCUCUAUUCAACAUAGUUCUAGAUAAAAUACUUAGUUGUGUAUGGUUCAGGACGAUCUAAUUUUUACAUCAAGUUAUGCGAAAAAAGUGCCAAUAUCCAAAUACGAUUAUAAAUAGACACAUUUAAAGUGCCAUCUGCCAGUUUUUGUUGUUUUUUGGCACAUGUUCCAUUGCCAUGGCCCAAAUUUCGGAAAAUGUACAAAUUCGGUUGAAAUUGAUCAUUCUACAUUCCUUCUUUGAUUUCGUCUUUUUCAUUAUCCUAAAUUAUUUUUUUAUUUUGGUGCUACGCCUGAGUUUGAAACGUUUAACGAGCAUUCCAGAUUAAUGCAGCAUAGGACUAGUCAACUAAGUUUUCUUUAAUUAAGUUUCUUAUUCCAUUUUAAUGAUAUUUUUGCAAUCCAGAUAGAUUUUUUCUUAUAUUACGCUCUCUCGUUGUGAAUUUCCACUUAAAUUACUGGCAAUGUUUGCGUUUUCAUCUUUUUUGACAUUCUCCAGAAAGUCACGCACAAAUGCACAGUUUCGUAAACUUUUGCCACCAACAUAUGUUGACAACACAAAAUUAACUUUUGUGACGACUCAGCUUUACGUAAUUGACGCUAUGUUGUAAGUAAUAACUGUACAUAGCAUUUAUUAGUUAAAUUUAGUAAUUUUUUAGUUUAGUGAUCUCAGUAAAUUUAAAAUAUACACAUUUAAAUUUAAGAUUUCAUUAAUGAAAUAGUCAAAUGUUGUAUCCGAGUUAGCUUGGUCUAGGUCUUAAAACAGUGCCUGUAGUGAGUAGCUUAGGUUCCUAAAACUAAGACAUCUCCAUACGAAUAAUUUAAUAACAUUGAAUUGAAUACAAUAAUUUUGUUGCGUUGAUUUAGUAAAAUAUCAUAAACUUAAUAUUUCUUUGUUCCUUGGUAAUUACAUCUAAGUAUUUUGUUUUAUCAAUGUAAACAAUUCGUCUAAUGUCUUACCAAAAUUAACAUUGGUGCGAAGCAGUUCAGUUUAGUUUCAAAACAAUUUUUGCUAUUGUAAUCACAACGAAUGCCUUUAAAAGAAAUACUCAUAAUGCGUUCCUAUCGCUUAAAGUUAACUUUAGUUUAAUUGCCUCAAGUCCCGUGACUGUUGGCGUAUUGGCAUUUUAAGAAUUGGCUAAUAGUUCUUGCGGGGCCAUCAUGCCAUUUGCUUUUUCAUACUAUGCUGUUGAUUAUUUCGUUUCUGGAACAUUCUAUGCAAUAUCGGUGUCAUUUCUAUAAUCUCUGAUUUUGUCGACUUAUAAAUAUUUUAUUUUAAUUUUCGGUCAUAUUAAAUGAUGAAAUUGUAUAUUAAAUGAUUGUGAACCGUUGUGAUAUGUAUAUUUUUAUUAUUUAUUUAUCGAGUAUGUCUGGAACUACUAUUUUAUUGCCUUAGUCUGUAUGCAGGCAGAGCCCAAAAUAAUAUUCCGAUUUAGUGCACUCAGGUCCUGUCAUACCUACAGUGUAUAUUAUACUUUGAUUGAAGAUUAUUGUCCCAUCUAGAAAUGUUUGUUUCGUGAUUUUAGAUUUAACUAGAGAGUGAAAUCUCUAAACUUAUUAUAAUAACCAUAGAUUUUAUACGAUUUAUAGUUAGUCCAAUUAGAACGCCUAGAUGUCCUUAAAUUAGUAAAAUUUUAAAAACAAUGGUACUGUUUCUGUCUUUCUCGUUCACUGCGCUAAUUCGACAGGACUGAUCAUCUAUCUCUUUUGCACAUACAUGUAGUGUUAAUAUUCAAAAAUAAAACAUUUUUAAAACAAUUUUUUAUUGAAUCUAAAUGCUGUUACAGAUUAUCAAGAUAUUAUUAAUAAUGGGUCUAUAAAAGAAUAAACUAAAAAUCAUCAUCUCCAUUUUUUAUAUAUUUUAUAAUUUAGUACUAAAUUUUUUUUUAUGUCACCAACACCAAAAACGGAUGCAAAAUAUUAGAGUAAUUAGUCGUGUGGAACUGGUUUUAACAAUUCAAUUAAAAUAUUUGUAUUAAUGAAACUAAAUAAAAACUAUUUAUUUACAAGUAUUUUCGUCCUGUCAAAUAAGUAUCGUAGAAUUUGUUGAUUAGAAUCAGUAUCAGUAUCACAUACACUGUACAUAUACAUAAUAUUUAAUAGCACAAAAGCACGGCUAAAAUUAAUUAUAAAAUCAAUUGUAAAACGAUAAUAUUACGAAAAAACAUUUGUUAAAUCGGCCUCACACUGAAACGUUUGGCGGAUGUUUAGUUUAAAAUUCGUCUUUCUGGCAACAUUGAUUUGACAUUAGGAAGAAGACAGGUUUAACUAACUAUCUGCUAAAGAAUAUAUAUUAGUGAGGCCGUAUAUCAUUAAAAUUUUAAAUGCGACUUAAAUAUUAUGUAUUGAAAUAGAAAAAAAUAAUUAUUCGAAAUUCAAAUAUUCGUAUUAUAAAUGCAACUGUUGUAUAAAAGGUAAUUAUUGUAAAAUUUGUAUAAAUUAUCGAAGUAAUUUGUAAAUUUAAAGUAUUGUAAAGUAAAAUUUCGCGUUAACAACAAAUUAAGUGUUGCAUUUUGAGUACGAUUUGAAUUUUAACAUCAGUAAUGUGUAGAUAAUAUGAAAAUAGAGAAUUUUAAGAUAAUGUAAGAUUUAUUUGUAAAGUAUUAUAAAUAUACGCCAUUAUAGAAGCGUGCAGAUUAUAAAUAUUAUAGAUAAACUC